CAGAUCUGCUUAUUGUUGUUAGAAAUCCAUCAGUACAAGAAAAGAUGGACAAGACUCGUGAAGGUUGGCGAGCCAUGCUGGCGUGUGUGAGGGAGAAUCAUGAAAAUACGGACAUUGAGAUCAAUCGUGAAGGGACUACAGUGCGCCAAGCCGCUACCCUAUGGCGGGCCCAAAGAAAUUCGGAUCUGGGUUGCUUGCUCUCUCUUGGGAUGCGUACUCUCGCUGAACAGGAAGCACAGGGCCAAGAGCAACCACAGGCCCAGGAGGAACCACAAGACCAAGAGCAACCACAGGGCCAGGAGGAACCACAGGGCCAGGAGGAACCACAAGGCCAAGAGCAACCACAGGGCCAGGAGGAAUCACAGGGCCAAUAGGAAAAUGAACCUAGACAAAAACUGCCCUCUUAUCCCUUAUUAAAGCAUUGCUCUUCUUUUUUAUGUA